AUGGCUACUGUUAAAGACGUCGCUACCCUUUACCAAAAUUUAAAAACAGAAUGGGCCAAAAAACCGCGCAAACUUGAUAAAUGCGGUGAACUUCUAAACAAAAUAAAGAUUGCAUUAACACAGCUUACUUUUCUACCAAGCAAUAAUACAUCCGCUAAUCAGAAAGAAUUGAUACUAGCUCGAGACGUUUUGGAAAUUGGUGCACAGUGGGCUGUAGCCGCUAAAGAUGUAAAAGCAUUCGAAAGAUUCAUGUCGCAAUUGAAAUGUUACUAUUUUGAUUACAAAGACCAUUUACCAGAGUCUGCAUUUAUGUAUCAACUCCUUGGACUUAACUUACUUUUCUUAUUAUCUCAAAAUCGUGUAGCCGAGUUUCAUACUGAACUUGAACGUCUCCCAGUUGAUGUGAUAAGAGCUGAUCCUUAUGUGAAACAUCCACUAGCUUUGGAACAAUAUUUGAUGGAAGGAAGUUAUAAUAAAAUAUUCUUGGCUAAGGACAAUGUCCCAGCAGAGAGCUACACCUUAUUCAUGGACACACUUCUGGAUACAGUUAGAGGUGAAAUUGCAGCUUGUAUUGAAAAAGCAUAUUUAUGUAUAUCUUGUACAGAAGCUGCUCGACGAUUGAACUUGUCUUCUCAGCAGGCUGUACUUGAAUAUGGGAAAAAGAGAAACUGGGUAUUAGGAGCAGACAAUUGUUAUCACUUCAAUGCUUCAGAAGAAACUUGUGCAUUAGCAGCUGGAGUCUUCCCAUCAUCAGAACUUGCCGAGCAAACCAUUGAAUAUGCUAGGCAUCUUGAAAUGAUUGUG